ACUCGCUGCUGCCGAAAGAAAACAUGGCGCUCGAGGAACCUAAUGGAGAUUUUCCAUAUUUACCUUCAGGGGCGGUGGAGGGUAAACUCGCGUUAUCCUAUGCUCAAUAUCAUUGACAUCCACUUUGGUCUAGUAUGGUUUAUUUAUUAUUGCUGUGAGCAGAGCAUAAACAAUCAACGCUAGCUUUCAAGUAAUACAAUACCACUAUGCUUGCUAACGGUAGCUAUUUAGCCAUUUGAGAUUCAAGCUCCAAGGUCGAUGCAAAGCAUUAGUGAAGGAGUAAUGUUUGUUAGUAGAUGGCUUGCUAUUUUCAAAGCCACCUUGGCCUUCUGAAGACUGCCUUUUAUAUUAAACAGGAUGAUAAAGGAGAAUGGUGACCUGUUUUCUGAUGCCCUGUGCAAAGUCUGCAGUGCUGUCCUGAAUUCUGACUCACAGAAACUUGCACAUUAUCAGAGCAAAAAGCAUGCCAACAAAGUCAGGCGCUACAUGAGCAUCCACAAAGAAGAGGAGCCCACCAUCAAAAGGUUCAAGUUGCCUUCGGGAGACAGCGCCAACAGUAAUGAAGAGACGGACCGCUCCAAAGCCUGUCUUAUAUGUAAUAUGACAUUUUCCUCUCCGGUGGUGGCUGAGUCCCACUACCAGGGCAAGGUGCAUACCAAGAACCUGAGACUGAAGACUUUUGGCCACCAGCCCCCAGUAGCACUACCUCAGGCCUUGGCCCCAGUAGUGAAGAAGAAGAAGACUCAGUUAGAAGAGGCGAGCAGCGUGGCAUCGUCAGGCCCGGCCGAGGACGACCAGGACCACUUCUGUUCCAUCUGCCACGCCUCAUUCAACAACCCCCUCAUGGCCAAGCAGCACUACGAAGGCAAGAAGCAUAAAAAACAGCUGACCCAGCAGAAGCUGAUGGAGACCUAUGGGCCGUCUACAGCACCAGCUUCUACAGUAAAGGGCUAUCCAUGCACUGUGUGCAACAUUGAACUCAACUCUGUGGAACAGUAUCAAGCUCACAUCAGCGGCUCCAAACAUAAGAACCAUGUCAGAGGGAAGAAAGGGAGCAACCCAACAUUUGUCAGCCCCUCUGAAAACCAGUACACAGCAGAAAACCAGCAGUCUGAGUACCGUUAUACGCCUGAAGCCGAACCUGUCCAGGAGGACUGGGGCGCUUUCAACCAGGACUAUGAGUGAAGAGACUCCCAGUACCCCCACCUCUCUCCAACUACCACAGUUCAACAGCUACUGGUGUCCCUCAGUUAGGGCCAGGAGGAUUUCCUGACCACAUCACCUGACCAGGAAAAAUUCUUUGUUAUAGGCUACAACUACGCCCCAGAGUUUUCCCUGUUCAUGUCACAUGGUCAUGUAAAAUCCCUGGAAAGAGAGUGUGUCCUCCCUUCUUCUCUCUGUGGUGUCGUAUCUGCCUCAUAGGUGAAUCCUAUCUAUCUACUCCAGUUCUACUUCAUUCUAUCUGUACUCAGAGACGGUCAGUCUCCCAGUACAUGUGUUGGUUGUGUUCUCAGUCGGUCAGACCAGAGAGGUAUAGAGACACUUUGACAUGUUGUCUAUUAUUCCUGUUCAAAAUGUCAAAUUUCAAAUUCCGACAUAAUACAGUACAAUGAUAUGACGUUGGUGUGAUGGACUUGCAGUAGUGUUCUGGUUCUAUUUUUAUAGAACCCCCCCCCCCCCCCCCUCCCUUCUAGAGUUUUGUCCAACACCUACAGUGGGGCAAAAAAGUAUUUAGUCAGCCACCAAUUGUGCAAGUUCUUCCACUUAAAAAUAUGAGAGGCCUGUAAUUUUCAUCAUAGGUACACUUCAACUAUGACAGACAAAAUGAGAAAAAAAA